AUGACUUCGGAAGGCUCCGGCCCAAUGCGGUCCAAAGAGUACCUGCAGAAUGGAACCCUGUAUUGGGAUACCCUCAACUAUUCCGAUUGGGUGGCUUUCCCAGAUGGUCUCCCUGAUACGACUGAUUGGUUGAAUCUUGAUGAAGUGUUAUAUCACCCAUCUGAACUAAUCCUAAUCACUCGUAUAAUGCCCAUUAUCUUAGCUAUCGGACUCGCGGGUAACAUGGCGUUUCUCUUCGUGGUGUUUCGAGUUCGCUGGAUGCGGACUGUCGUGAAUUUUUACUUGAUCAAUCUGGCCGUGGCAGACAUCGUGUUCCUGUGCGUGGCCAUCGGGGAGAAACUCGGUAUGCACAUCAGCCGACCCGAUGUCUACGACGAGGGAUCGAAAGGCAUUUCCGGCUGUAUGCUGAUCUCCUUCACGAAAGGCUGGUGCUACUUCACGUCCAUCACGCUAGUCACGCUGGUGUCUAAAGACCUGCGUACCGGUAGCUCAUGCAAGCUGGGUAGCCUUCGUUACCGACGGCUUCAAGCUCUACCAUUCCUGGUGGCCCUCUCCGGUAACGUCAUCAUCUACGUCUGUAUAUUCCGCGCCAUCAACGACCGAGUCUCAAAGACCAUGCCGCCAUAA